GGAGAAGUUGAUGGUGACUGGGAGGACUGGCAGAGGUUCAAAGCCAGCGCCAGACGCAAAAGUAUCGUCAGUGGCAGACUAUCACCAGCACCAGCAGCAGACGACAACCAUAAAGAAGAAAAAGGGCGACGUUGCUUGGUCUGCCUGAAAGCCUGCACCGAAAGUUGCAACACUGCAUAUGCCAGAUGUAUGAAUACGCUGCAUUCUUGCUGUGCUCGUUGUCGUCGUGGUGGUGGUAAUGAUGAUCAUGAUGAUGAGUCGGCUCUGCUACUUACUGAAAGGAAUGCGGCAGCGAAAUCAGGCGGUUAUGAGAUCCGCAAAACAUGAAAAUGUUCUCUGUUCAAGUGUCCCAAAAAGUAAAUUAGCUGAAAGUCUCCAGGAUACCAAAAGACUCCAGGAUACCAAAAGACUCCAGGGUACUACCAUUCCUAUGCAUACAUUUGACCGAAUAACGGCUGACCGCCACCAUGUACGACACCCCAGUGAGUUUGCAGGAGUAUUGCAUGGGAUCGAUAUGUGACAACCUUACCGCCUUCUGUGAUAUCCAGACGAACCCGGAGAACAACCAGACCAAGUAUUUGUUCAAGGACCCCGACAUGUACUUCCACAGCAGCCUGUCGGAGCAGUUGAUGAAGAUGCUGUGUGAGAAGGGUCAGCUGACCGACGAGACGCUGGCUAUGUUCGACCCCAACGUGACGACACUGCGCAGGGUGGCCAUCAAUGACCGGCAGAUCACCACCAAAGGCCUGCGCGUUCUCAAGGGCCACCGCAUCUCCGAACUGGAGAUCACCGGACUCAAGAGUCUGCCCGUCAACGACAUAUUCAGUUGCCUGGGAGAGUGGACGCUGUCCAAUCUGAGGACUCUGAACGUGAGCAACAGUACGUUCCUCAACAGUGCCAAGUUCUGUGUCGCCGUCUCCUUGUCCAAGUUGCGGAACUUGCAGAGUCUCAACGUCAGUUAUACAGAGUUUAACAAACAUGCGCUGGAGAUUGUCGCAGAGGAUCUGCCAUGUUUGGAGUGUCUCGACAUCUCCGGUACUCCCAUCAGUGACAUUGCGCCGCUGCGAAAGUGCAGGGACCGCCUCAAGUUUCUCAGCAUGUACCACCUGCAGGUUUCUAACUGUGAAGACGUGAUUAACAUAUUGCUUGAGCUGCCGAAACUCGUCUAUUUGGACAUCUCCAGUGGUUCGGCCCAGUCGACAUUCGUUAAUAUUCAGCCGGAGCAGUUACAGAUUACGAAUUUAUUGAAGAAAACAAAAUCCCACCCCAACCUCGUUUCUCUCGACAUAUCGGGGCGGGAUGAUGUGACAGAAGACGUGUUACGAAACUACAUGGAACACCACCAUUCCCUCAAGUUCAUUGGUCUGGCUCUCACCAGUGCUUGUGAUUUCCCCAUGUUCAAGGAAGAUUUACCCGAGUGUGUGUCCUCUGUUGUGGUAACUGGGGAGGCGACAGAGCACCAGGUUGCUGAGGCGCUGCGUCGCUACGUGGCACGGCCUGCAUACGUUCAGCGUGCGCUCUACAAACUGUUCAUCUUCACAUCUCACAUGGCCGAGCCACGCGAAGACAUAAUCAAGCUUGUGUUGCCGGCCAUGAAGAGUCACCCGAAGCAGCUAGGAGUCCAGAUGGCGGCCACCGCGUGUCUGUACAACCUGACACGCGCAGAGCUCGGACUGAAGAUUCACCCCGCAUGUCUCAGACAAGUUGUCGACCUCACGCUGCAGGCCAUGGAGAACUUCCCCAACCACCAGCAGCUGCAGAAGAAUGCCCUUCUCACCCUGUGUAGUGACCGGAUACUCCAGGACGUGUCCUUCGAUCGUUACCGAUGUGCCAAGUUGGUGAUGGAAUGUUUAUAUACAUUUGAAGAUUCCUCAAUGAACCGAAUGUCUGUCGCUAUUUGUUCUAUUCUUGCUGCAAAGAUAUCUACUGAGCAAACAUCUGUUCUGGGAGCGAAAUCUCGUUUCAUGAAGAAAUUACUCGAUCUCGUGCGACAAAGAAUGGACAAUGUUCAGAUAGACAUCACUCUGCGAUUUACAUUGAGUGCAUUGUGGAAUCUUACAGAUGAAUCGCCACCCACUUGCCAUGUUUUUCUUAACGAAGGGGGACUGGAAUUGUUCAUGAGUAUGCUCCAGGUUUUGAGUGAGCAACCUAACAUCGAGACUGACAACAGAGUUCAAGUGGAAACGAAGAUCCUUGGUUUACUGAAUAACAUUGCUGAAGUGAAGUCACUGCGCAAAAACCUGUUGAGAGAAGAUUUCAUAAUGCUUGUCAACCGCCUGCUGCAUGCUGAGCUAAUUGACGUGAGUUAUUUUGCGGCUGGGAUAGUGGCUCAUCUCGCCAGUGACGGUGACGAAUCCUGGCUCAUCGCUGGCACCUCAAGACAAGACAUCAUGAACGAUCUGGCUAAAGUUGUGAUGGAUUGGAAGCAGCCUGAAAAUGAAAUGGUUGCCUACAGGUCUUUCAACCCUUUCUUCCCAUUACUGGAAUGUCACGAAACGACCGCUGUCCAGCUGUGGGCAGUCUGGGCUAUUCAUCAUGUCUGCACAAAAAACGGAAAACGCUAUUGUCCUUUACUGCAAGAAGAAGGGGGAGUUGACAAGCUGCGCAAGUUGAUUUCGAACCGUGAUGCCAGUAGUGAAGUUGUGACCAUCACAAAUAAUAUUUUCACUCUCCUCAAGGAAUAUGUGUGACCUUCGAUCUCCAUAUUAAUGUGUCUGUUAGGCUUCCUCUGCAAGAGCGGUUUUGGCGAAUUCAUCAUUUUCAUCAUCUGGCUUAAAAUCUUGUUACAUUUAACAUUGGUUUCAUUUAACAUAAGUUUAUAAAAUAUACCUGUUUUUAUUUAUUUAUUACUUAACGUCUUACUUAAAGGUCUGACUAGUUAUUAGGCAAUUAAAAACAUGUUCGACUCUUACAGCUUUUUCACCAUUAAUUUACACACUGUUUCCAUCUUCAUGUCGUUACUUAAAUUACCAGUUUGGGGGAAAUCCAAGGUAUUUCUAGUCAUCCUGGUGUGUUCAUAAAUUGGGAACUGGUGUUAGUGACUUUAAUAUCAGUGAUUUGUAAUGGUUAUAAAUAAAACUGUAAAACUCAGUAUUAACAUAGGCUUUUCCAAUAAAACUGUAAAACUCAGUAUUAACAUAGGCUUUUCCAAAAAAACUGAUAACAUUAAAGGUCCUUCGUUUCAUUGACAUUAAAUUUUAUUUUUUCACUUAGGAUAUAUUCCAAAAACCAGACUUCACCACAAAAUAUAAUUGAGGGGGAGUGAUUAAUUGCUCCCCUAACUUAGAUUUUUGGCAGUCAUUUAGGAUAUUACUAUUAUUGAGCAUUGCUAUUUAAUCCUUUUGUAGUACCUUUUUAAAACAAAUUCACAUGCUAUGGGGAGCUAAAAAUUACUCCUUGAACUAGUCUCAGAGGAGUGAUGUGGAGCCAAAGUGACGGCUCUCGUUAAAUGAGGAGUCUAAAAAACAGGAUAAUCAAAAACUGGAAUUUGAAAAAACAAUUCCAGAAUGAGAGAAACACUUCUGGUUGUGAAUUUUGUGUAUUAUUCUUUUUUUGUAAUUUCGUUUGAGGUUUGUUUUUUUGUUUUUUUUAAAUUCCAAAAUGUCAUGAGUUUAAGAGACUAAAAAGCCGGAGGAAGCCUGAAAGUGUGUGGACUGUCCACUAGUGUUAUCCCCCCACUGUUUCUUGUGCCGUAUUGCUGUGGAGCAGCAGUUUCUAUCCAUCCCACGUGACAUUUGCUCAUUACACUGUCUGUCUGUCUGUCUGUGUCAAGCAACUGUGCUUUAUUGUGGUAUGUUUUAAUAACAUCUGUGUCCUCUGCAAUCCUUCUAUAUGCAGUUUUUGUUGUUUAUUUUUAUUCCUUCAGAAAUGGGGGUGGGGGGGGUGGGGUAGGAAGCUCUGGGGCCCGCGAAAACCUUGCGAAAUGUAAAAAAAAAAAAACCCCCAACCCAAUACCUACAUAAUAUCUGCGACAGUCAGGAUACACAGUGUAGGAAUGGGGUGAAUGCAGGGGAGAUUGCUCAGAACACUGUUGGAAUACUGGUGUUUUUUGUUUUUUUGUGGUCAACAUUUGUUUAGCCAGUUGUGAAAAAAUAUCAAAUUAACUUAAACAUGGGUCAGUGGUUAAUCUUUUAUUUUUAGCAUUUAAAAAAAGAAGGAAAGCAAAAACUAAAAUAAUAAAAGCAUAUAGGCCUAUUUAAAUUGCUACAUAAUUGUGGGUUACCUGAGCUGAAGAGUGACCUAUUGCAUGUUCAUUUAAAUUGUGGUUAAGGUUUCUCCAAUUACCUUUAAAUAUUGCAAAAUGUAAUGAAAGUAAACAAUGUUUACAUAUGUCCAAAAAGUUGAAAUGGGUUAUGGAAUAUAUUGCACAGUGUUGAAGGAAUCUGGCAUUGGGGUAAUGCUCCCUACAAACUUUAAAAAACAAACAAACAAACCUUUGUGGCAGUUAGUGGAUUGAUCGGUGUUUUAACUAUUCAGUGUAUGACGUGAGUUCCGGUUGGCUUUGUCAUUCUGUUUUUGUGAGUGGUGUUAACUAUUUCGCUAUUAACUUUGUUGUCUUCCAUUUCAUUGCACAUGUGUGAUAUCUUUUUCUCCCAUCAGAAUAAAUGUCUUGUAUGACCCAAUGAUAUAUCUUGUUUCCUGGAACUAUGUGAUAUCUAUAAACAUUUUGCUAACAUUGGUGUUUAAAAACUCAUGAUAUCAAGACUUGAAAGUAACAAUUCUUGGGAAUUAAAUAUAAUAUAUGAAGAACUACAUUUAUGGCAACUAAAUGCUUAGGAAUCCAUUAUUGGAAGGUGUGAUUGGCCUAAACACAAUGAUCUUGGUGUAGCAUAAUGCUUUUUAUAAAUGUUUUCACAAAAACAAGAAAAAACUAACUGGAAGAGAAAGUUCUUUCUAAUGCUGAUAUAUAUUUCAUUGUAUAAUAAUAAAAACAAAAAAAUAACUAAUUAAUAUGUACAGCAUUGUUUAUUUUCAUUGAAUGGAUGGGAGAAAACGAUCUUUAUUAUGUACCUAUAUGGGAUUGUUCAUUAUGUAUGUAUAUGGGAUAGGGCUAUGCAUCCCUUGGAUAAAGAGUCUGACACCAUAUAACCGUAAAUAAAAUGUGUUGAGUGCAUCGUUAAAUGAAACAUUUCCUUCCCUUGAAUAAAUCAUUUGAUAUCGGGGAAAUGGCAAAGCGUUGGCCCUGACAAAAUAUGUACCCACAUAGGCAUAUAUGAAUGAUUCUUUUAAUCACCAUCCUGUUGUUAUGGCAAAUAUGUUGAAGAAAAAAACCCCCAGUAAUUUCAGUGACUCGAAUCAGUAACUGAAAAUAUAUCAAUUCAGAUAUUAGUCUUGUCCUUGAUGUCAGAAUUAUGUGACUCAAACCAUUAGCUGAAAUAAGUCUGUUGAACCAUUUUUUUUUUCAUUCAUGACAUCAGAAUUAUGUGAUCCCUGAUCAACUGACGAGGUUAUCCUUUGCCAUCAGUUCUUUCAGUAAUAUCCUGGUUGUGUUUUCUUAAAUAUAUUUCACAUACCUCUUUCA